AUGCCAAGUCUCUAUAAGUACACCAAUUCGGACUGCGAUACUGUUGACAAUCUCCGCAAGCGUGGUAUCCACAUUAAUGCUGUCGGUCUUAAGUCCCACUUUGUUGUCGGCCAGACGUUAUCGCUUGCCGAUCAGCUCGCUACUAAGAAGGCUUACAUCAAGGCUGAUUUGGAUGUUAUUAUCACAGGACUUGAUAUUCGCUUCGCGGAGGAGCCAUACUAUACUGCUAACAUGCAGGAACAGCAGGCCGCAGACUACUACCUCGAUGUUCAACGCUGUCUUCAGGCUGGACAUAGCUGCCUGGUAUGA